AUGAUAAUUGAAAAAACUGGAUUGAUCUAUGCAAGAGACUUCUAUGAUGGAGAUGAUGAUGUAUCUAAUGAAUCAUGGAAGUGGGCGAGAUGGACUUUAUUCGUUAUAUUUAUUCUAGCUAUUGUGAUGUUCAUAGUGGGUGUUGUGGGCCUCAAUCGUAGGAGAAAGCAGGUUGGUAGAGCUCCCAUAAGAGGUACAGCAUGGAUUACACCACCUUCUUACAGGCAAUCACAGAGGGAUCACGACAGAAGAGAAGACAGUGAGUUCGUACCUCAAUACACGGCUAAGGCCAAUGAAAAUGAUUUAGGAUACUAUGAUGAAAACGGUGAAUUCCAUUUAAACAGUAAGGGCGAGUUUUACCCCCCACCAUCAUCACCGCCACCAAAUGAAACUUCUGAAGAGCCAAGAUCAAAUUCUUCUAUGUCGUUAACAAGGCCUGAAAAUGCAGUAACUAGAGAUCGUCAUAAUUCUUCGGACGUGGAAGCAGAAUUUGAUCGUGAUUUCGGUAGAGGGAGACCUCAUACAGAGACAUUAUACACAGCAGCUACUAAUAAUUCUAGUUCAGUGGAAAAACAACAUAUUUCUACUCCAGAAAGAGCUAAAAUGGCUGAAAGCUGA